UUUCAUCACCUGGAGUACGGAUGUGCGUGAGAGACAGGUGAAUAAGUGGAACAAUAGACAGCUGGGUUUGUUAUCAUGAUAUCUUACUGGGCAACUGGUGCUACUCUGGGUGUAUUGGCUAUAUUGCUUGUUUUAUUCCUUCUGAUUUUGUGUCUUCCAUGGCAAAAGUGUGAUCGAUAUUGUGUUUGUUGUCGUUGUUGGCUGCUUGGUUCAGAUGACAAUUAUAACGGUCAAUCAGAUGAUGCAUUUCGUGCUGGCAGGAUGCCUGGAGAAUUUCCUAUGCCAAUGUUCGAUUUUAUUCCACCAUGUGCCUUACCCAAAUUACCAAAUUAUGAAGAAUGUGUAAACACAGGUCCACCAGCAAAUGAUGAAGCUCCACCACCUCCGACCCCUCUUUCAUUUCACAAUGCUGCAGCAAGUGAUCAAAAUUUUUCACGUCUUGUUGUGCAUAGUCGUCCAGAUUUACGCGAGAAUAAUGAAGACUCUCAAACACUACCCAGUCCUACCUCUACACCUCCGCCAACUUAUUCUUCUACUUGGUUGAAUAGGCCAUCUACAACAAGUCAAACAGGGGAACAACAUCAAUUUCGACCGUCUCAAGCUUCAAUUAUUUCUAUAUCAAGGCAACUAUCAGCAGAUCGUUAAAAUAGAAACGAACCUAUAUAUCUUCAGAAUUACUAUCAGCAUAAAACCAUGCUUGAAA